UAAUAUUUGGGGCUAUGCCCAAAGCAAAGGAGUGUUCAGUGGCCUGCUUCCUUUACAUUUCUCUGCUCAUCAGGUAGUUGUAUUCACUAUGUUAAGGUAAUUUUAAACAUAAAUUCAGAUUUAAAAUGACAACACAUCCACUCAUCAUUUGGGUAAAAAAUCAUGUGGUUGGACUUAAUUUCCUUCAGAGUUUACAUUAUUUUGUUGAUGUAAUUGCUCAUAACGCGCCAUUAUCAUUUUAAGAUCUUUACACACAAUGUUGAAACUAAAUCAUUUUCACUUUUGCCUCCAAUAAUGUCUGACACUUAUUUUUAGGUUACAUUUUGGUUGGAAUUUGAUGUUAAAGUUUACAAUUGGAACUAUGCAUUUUCAAAGAAAGAACAUAAACAGCAAAUGUAAGUACUGAAUUGUAUUUUUUCCUUUUACUAAGAAUUAAACACCCUUGUUGUGAUCAGCAAUGCCCAAUUUUUUAUCACUGACUUUGAUUUGCAUCUAUCUAUCAUAAAAGUAAGAAACUACACACUUUUAACCAACCUGAAAGAUUUGGGGCUUUUGGGAAAGCAUUUGGGGCCUGAGCCCCAUAAGCCAACCCCUCACUCCACCUAUGGCGUGGACCAUACUAAAAUACCAUUAACAAAGACCCAACAUUAUUUAGUUAGGGAUGUGCUAGUGCAUGUGUUAGUUAGGGAUUACUGGCACAAUGUUGGUAACAUCUGGUAAUGGCUUAAGAUCACAGAUCACACAUCGGCGGGAUGUACUUAUAUUAAGUAAGUGGUGAAGAAAUACAUAAGCAUUUUCCUAAUGUGGGGGUCAGAAAGCUAAAAUGGGAUAUUAUGUCAUACUUUAGGAAGAUGCUAAUAAACACAUAAUAUAAUGUGAGGGAAAUAGUACAAAUAAUUUAAAUCCAUCCACAGUAAACAAUAUUGCACAUUAAUAUAAGGAAAUUAUAGCACAUACAUGCAUUGAAAUGCAUGGAUAUUCAUAAAAUGACACAACAUUUUUUGCUUGGCUGGCUGGCUAAGGGGGCCUGGGUAAUUUACUUUCUGGGGGCCCAAAAGCACUGGCUUCGCCCCUGACCUCAAUGAUUACCUUGCUGAAAGAACCGUCAGUUUUGAUAUUUCCAGUACCCUUUACACCAUGAGCCCAGUUUAAAGCAACUUUUAUCAAAGCUACAGUGGAGAGGAAACCCGUUGUUCAACAGUAAGAAACCUCAAGCAGAACCAGAUUCAUGUUAAACAGUCAAGUGCCUGACUGUAUUGCACAGUAGGCCACAGUAUACAAUUUGGCACCACAGCUGUUCCAUAGGAUGACCUCCCUCCUACUGUGAUGCAAUGGGGUUUCAAAGUGGUUCCCACCAAUAUAACAAAAAGAUUGUCUGACUCCUCUGUUGAAUAAAUAUAUCAUAAAUUCAAUAAUAGUUCCAGAUAGCAUUGCAUCGUGGUAUAAGGAUAUGUCAGAGACGACCAAAAAUAAAAUUAAGACAACUAGAAGACAAUAAGGUGCAGACAGGAAUGCAAGAGGGGCUGUAUUUUACAAGGCGCCAAGCAUUCUCCGGAGAAACAUAACAGUAAUGUUUAUGUGUCAUAGUCUAUAAACGUUUCAUAUUAUACUUGUUCAAUUCUGAGCAGGACCAUUAAGCCACAUUUUACAAGGACAGUGAACGUUGAUGUCACCCCGAGGACAUGUAACGGUUGAUUCAAUUUUUGUUUUAAAUUUUAAUGUUCCGUCGAGAUAGCUUUUGUCCUUCCCAUUUUCUCCUCAGAUGACCAACAUCGUCGCCUAUAUAUGUUCGGUUGGAAAUGUGAGUCUGUUGUUGUUGUCUCCGGGGAUAAAAACAGUCGCUGUGAUCCCGCUGACCCUGCUCGGUGGUCUCCAUUGAGCUGAAAAUCCUCCCCCGGGCGCGCGACAGCUGAUGGAGCGGAGUCACCUCGGAUCACCAGCGGCUGCAGCACACCGGCCUCCAUUUUAACUCCGACACCGAGCCGUACCUCACGUGUCCUGGGCUGUCUCUCUCACAUGACCCGAGUGUUUGUUCCCGUGAUCAGCACUUCCAUCUCCGUCUGUGACACCGAAUAUCACUUUUUAUCCCAACACUGAUGGAUAUGCUUGAACCGAGUCUGGACAACGCAAGCCAAGAAAAGCAAGAGGAAGAAGUUGUCCAGACAUCUGAAGACGGAACAGGAGAGGAGCAGACAGCUGUUACCAUAGCCAGCGUUCAGCAGGCUGCAGCGUUUGGAGACCAUAACAUUCAGUACCAGUUCCGCACGGAGGGGGGGCAGGUUACGUAUCGUGUUGUUCAGGUAACCGACCAGCAGCUUGAAGCAAGAGACGAUGGAGGAGGAGCAGUGAGUGUUGUCUCUACGGCCGCCUUUACUGGGGCUCCUCAGGCUGUGGCUCAGGCUGUGAUCCAGAACCCUUUCAGUAAUGGAGGAAGCCCAGCGGGAGAGGCGGUGGGAGGGGAGACGCGCUUUGCUUACUUUCCCGCAACCGCGGUGAGCGACGGGACUGUGUCUGUGCAGGCCGCUGCAGACCCCACGCUUACACAGGCAGGGGGUCAGUUUUAUGUGAUGAUGACGCCUCCGGAUGUCAUUCAGACGGGCACACAAAGAACCAUCGCUCCACGCACACAGCCCUACCCCGCAGAUGAAAACGAGCUGCUGCAGCAGGAAGGUUUAAACUGGAAAAUGGAUGGACCACGAACGCCAAGAGAUGAAAGGAGAAGAGCGCAGCAUAAUGAAGUUGAGAGGCGACGAAGAGACAAGAUCAACAACUGGAUUGUCACACUUUCAAAGAUCAUCCCAGACUGCAAUAUGGACAGCACCAAGACCGGAGCUAGCAAAGGAGGCAUCCUGUCUAAAGCCUGUGACUACAUCCGUGAGCUGAGGCAAAGCAACCAGCGGCUGCAGGAGAGUCUGAAAGAAGUGGAGAGGAUACAGGUGGAUAACGAGCUGUGCAGGCAACAGAUUGAAGAGCUGAAGAAUGAGAAUGCUUUGCUGCGAGCGCAACUCCAGCAGCACGGCAUCGAGAUGGUUGGAGAGACGCCGCCGCAGUGAAGCAGAGACAAAAAGAAAACAGGACAGGGAGGGGCAUCGCCACUCAGACAUACGAAUGAUGUGGUGCAAAAGGAGGCAAGAGAGAUGAUGGAGAAAGGACUCAGACUUUCUUUUUAGUGAAUGCAUCCUCCCCUGAGUUCCCAGGUCACGACUCCUUAACCAGCCUGAUGUGGCUGUACUUGACUGUUCCAAUCCUAUUGAGAUUACCACCUUCAGCAGAAACGUGCUCGGAGAAAAAAUGCCGACUCACCUCCAUCAGAGUGCUGCUUCACGAGCACGAGCUAUGAAAAGACCCUCUGCUGAACUUUGUUUUGUAUUUAUGUAGCCUCACUCAUGGACGGUUUGUCUUUUAAUUUUUUCCCUGUCUGUAUUUUUCCCUCAGAGUUAUUAAUUUUAACUUAGUUGAUGCUUUUAUUCUGUUUGUUUUUCUGUAUUAAUAUGUUGUUUUUAGAUGCUUUAAUUUAUUAGUCCGCUUGCUGACAGAAGCCUUGAUGGAGACCAGUUACAGAGAAGCUCAUGCACGCCAGAGAAGAUUGAAUAUUAAGUGGAAAAUCAUCAAAAGUAUGCAAAAGAUGAUGACUCUGCAGACAUGAAUAAUGCCACACACAGUGUACCUGGACCCAAAGACAAACGGGGAGCCUGUGGGCUGAUUAAUGUAAAUAUGAAUCUCUUGUUUUAAUACAGAUGUUACAGAGUAUUAGAGCAGAUUAUCUCUGGGAGCAAACAAUCAAUAUCUCAUUAACUUCAUGCUGGCCCUUUGUUAUAAUAAUGAUGUGUGCAAUCUGGGAGCUUGUUAUAAAAAAUAGAGUGGUAUACUUGAAUUGUCGGGCAUUUGCUUGAACAGAAAAUUGCUCAAAGGUCAAAUAAUUUAUUAAGAAAGAGCCGACUGUUUAAUGCAGUUUAAUGAUAGAUUAAAAUGUGCAAACCCUGCAUGCUAAAGAGGAGAAGAGAUUCAAACUUCUUCCAAACUUCAUCCAGGUGUUGUGGUUUUUCUCCUCCUUUUGUUCACGUGUGAUUUACCAGUGUCUCAGUACGUGUACGAACAAUCCCCACAUGUUCCAUUUCAAGCUGUUUGCUCUAUUUUGGUAUUGCAACACUUCAAAUGGAGCUCAACGCACAUGGGGGGAGGAGGCACCCUGGAGAGUGGUGCUCAAAGACUCUCUGCUCGCUAUGAAAAAGGAGUACACACAAAUUCUGUGUCGCACUUCUUAGUCGAGCACGACUUGCUCUCCGGGAAAGAGAGGAAAUAGUUUGAAAGCAGGCAACUUGCAUAUUUCUCCACCCACUCAGGCGAACAAUAAGUAAACUGUAAUUGGUUGUACAAACAGCAAAAGCCAAUAUUAAUUUUGUUGAUGGUUUUGUGAAUGAAUAUACAUGAUGUGUUUUUGUUGCGCUCUGGGCGAUGUGAGUGAAAGUGGGAGAGAGAUAUCAAGAUUUGGAGCCACUUAGUGGAGCACGAUUGAUUCUUUCUGUGUCAACAGCUCAGGAUGCAGCAAAGUAAAAGCAGCAGUCACACCCCUGGCUAAAUCAGGCAGACGAUCUCAUUUUAAUAUCUCAGACAGUGCAAGUUAACAGCUUGUGCUUUGGAAGUGCUGCUCUACUACUACUGCUCCAUUCAAACCUGAUAGGAAAAGUGCAAGUGUCUUAUCCAUCAAACGAGGCUCCUAGCCAAAGUUGAAUGAUAGAUGUUUUGCAGCAGAAAUUUUUUUACACCUCAGCAAGAGGGGAGCAGAGAAAUGUGAAUGUGAAGGCAUGAAUAAUGCUCCUGAAGAUGGAUGUUCACAAAUGAAAGGUCACUUGUGGCUAAUUUUUUUUCUUGCAUUUCUUUUUUGAAAUGGCAAAAGGAAGAAAAAAAAGACUCCUUUUCUCUCUGUAGCAGCCGCACUGUUCUCAGGAUAGAUUGUAAGACAUCUUUUCUAAGUAAAAAAGGUGGAAAAUAAAACUUUCACUGGCUGAUAACCUUUAUUGA